AUGAGAAAAUGGAGACCAGUUGAUGUCCCAGCUGAUGACGAAUGGACAGUUAAUUAUCAAAUAGUGGUUCCACCACUAUACCGUCCAGAAAUACUUAGUAUGGCCCAUGAAACGUCUUUAUCUGGACACUUAGGUGUUAGAGAAGCAGUUGUCGAUAAUAUCGCGAAUGCUGUUAAAUACAGCCGUAAAGUGCUGUUGGUUGUCUCCAAAAACUUCAUCAAAAGUGAAUGGUGUUACUUCGAACUGGAGAUGGCACGCAUGCGAAUGUUCGACAAUCACGAGGAUAUCCUGGUUGUGGUUGUGCUUGAGAAGGUGUCAGCGAAAGAUAUGCCGAUCCUAUUACACAAGAUACUGACCACAACAACGUACAUUGAGUGGGAAGAACACCCAGAGAGACAGGCAUUAUUCUGGGUUAAGCUAGAAGCAGCACUCUUGUCACCUAAUUGUCCCAGAUACAGACUUUUAGAUAAUCCCCAAGAAUGA